AUGGGUCUCAUUUUCAAUCUCAUACCACAGGGAAGUCAGGGGAGAGGAGAUCUUCUGACUGUUCUAAGUAAGGAAAUAAGAAAAUGUCUUUACACGCUUCCCAAAAGACAAGGGAGAAAAGCACAAAACUACCAGGAGGGAGCUUUCACCUGCGUGCGGAGCAACCUGCAGCUCGUCGGGGUGCCUGCUCCGUGCGAGCAGCGCCCGCUGCCCUUCGUGUGUGCAUGUCUUCGUGGGCGUGCUCAUCCCCCGACUACCCCGCGCCCUCCCACGGGCUCCGCUACCGGCUGCCCCGGGCAGGGGUAUGGGCUCAGCCCCCCGGCCCGCGCUUCCCGGAUUUGUGCUUGGUGCUGCAGGAGGAGGCGGGGAAGAACGAUCCCUGCUAAAGUAGAGGGGAGGGGGCAAGCCGGCACCCCCCGGAGCAUCGGGGGAGGGUUAACCCGCGAGGUCUGGGAGGAGAAAGCGGAGGCCGGGCUGGGCAGGGGGAGGAUAAGAGGAAAAGGGAACGAGCGUUUCGGCGAGGUCGCACACCGCCAGCCCCGCCGCAGCGGCAGUGCCUUCCCCUCGCAGGCGGCGGACAGCGGUGGGGAGGUGUGGGAGGCUCCAGCCUUCCCUCCCACACACCCCUCCAGCUUUAUCUCCUCUUCCCCCGCCGCUGGGUGGACGCGGCCGGAGGGGAGAAAGGGCGGCCCGGAGGCGCGGAGCCCCGAGGGAGGAGGAAGCAGGGGAGCAUCUCCGAGCCGCCGCUCCCUGCCCAGCAGACGUGGAGAGAGAGGGAAAACUGCCGGCUGCGCUCCUGACCCCGAGCUUCAAGGGUUUUUGAGAGUGGAUCAAGACAAAGACAGAGAAUGCAGCCUGGACUGUGCAGGUUCUCCUCAGAAAUCACUUUGUGCAUCUGAUGGAAGAACUUUCUUGUCCCGGUGUGAAUUUCAACGAGCAAAAUGCAAAGAUCCUCAGCUGGAAAUUGCCUAUAGGGGCAACUGCAAAGAUGUUUCCAGAUGUGUGGCUGAGAGGAAGUACACCCAAGAACAAGCUCGAAAAGAAUUUCAACAAGUGUUUAUUCCAGAAUGCAAUGAUGAUGGCACAUAUAGUCAGGUUCAGUGCCACAGUUACACUGGAUACUGCUGGUGUGUCACUCCCAAUGGUCGUCCGAUCAGCGGUACUGCUGUGGCCCACAAAACUCCUCGUUGCCCAGGCUCAGUGAGUGAGAAACUGCCACAAAGAGAAGGUGCAGGAAAAGCAGAUGAUGCCUCAGCUCCUGCGCUGGAAACUCAGCCUCAAGGUGAUGAAGAAGAUAUAGCUUCUCGUUAUCCUACAUUAUGGACUGAGCAAGUAAAGAGCAGACAAAACAAAACCAAUAAAAGCUCAGCAUCAUCGUGUGAUCAAGAACUGCAGUCAGCCCUCGAGGAAGCUAAACAACCCCAGAAAGAUAAUGUGUUCAUUCCAGAAUGUGCUCAGGGUGGUCUUUACAAACCAGUGCAGUGCCAUCCUUCCACGGGCUACUGCUGGUGUGUUCUCGUUGACACAGGGCGUCCUAUUCCGGGUACAUCAACAAGGUAUGAACAACCUAAAUGUGAUAACAGCGCCAGAGCUCACCAAACCAAAACAAAGGAUUUGUACAAAGGACGACAGCUUCAAGGUUGUCCUGGGGCCAAGAAGAAUGAAUUCUUGACGAGUGUUUUGGAUGCACUGUCCACAGAUAUGGUGCAUGCAGUCUCUGAUCCAUCAUUGUCUUCCAGCCGGGUUUCAGAACCUGAUCCAAAUCACACUCUGGAAGAGAGAGUAGUCCACUGGUACUUCAAACAAUUAGAUAAAAAUUCCAGUGGUGACAUUGGAAAGAAAGAAAUCAAGCCAUUUAAAAGGUUCUUAAGAAAGAAGUCAAAGCCCAAAAAAUGUGUGAAGAAAUUUGUGGAAUACUGUGAUGUGAACAAUGAUAAAUCCUUGUCAGUUCAAGAAUUAAUGGGAUGCCUUGGAGUAACAAAAGAAGAAGCCCCUAAAACCAAUACUGAGAGCACUUCAUCUAGCAGGCAGCAAGUUUCCAAGAAGCAAGGGUGAGCAGCUUACUGACCCAAGGCAGAACUCUUUGACAUGUGGGAGAUUUCCUCACCAAAAGGCAAUAAAAACAACUGUAGUAUUUGCACUUUGUACUUAAAAAUGUAAAUUCACUUUGUAGAAAUGAAAUAUUUAAACAGACUUUUUAUAAUCUGUGAAAAUUUAAUAGCUGGUUUUGAAAAAUUAUCACAUACAAUGUAUGUGCAUUCUUUUGUUGUCUGAAAUAUGUAAAACGUGUUGGAGAUGUAAAAGUUUGCAUUUAAACUUUUUUUUUUUAAUAGCUCUUUGGCAAAUAUUAGCAAAGAAACCUGUUUCUAUGUAUUUUGGUUUCAAUAGUAUGCCUUCUUUUUCUUACCAAUACUGUCAUUUAAGUAGAGUUAUGCUGAAAAGUCUACUGUAUUCUCAAUUAUGUCCAAGAAAUGUUGGAUGUUAAGGUUUCUAAGGUUGAGGGAAGUGUGUAAAUUCCUGUUGACUUGUUCUUGCAGUUUUUAACUGAAAAAUUUUUUCACAAGUGGCAAUAUUUUCUUCAUUGUGUUUUUAUUAUUAUGCUUCCCAAAGAUCAUGCAAUGAGAACACAACCACUAAAGGAUUCAAAAGUUAUUCUACAGUUAGGAUUCUGUUAGAAAAGUGUAUUCUUCUAUCUGUUUUUGAGGCGUGGUAGUUUUCCUCAUAGGAGUAAGGUGGAUAGUAAUGUGACUCCAGCAUGGUUUAACCUGAGCCUAAAAGCAUGAUCCUGCAGUCAGCAAAAAUAGGAGAGGAGUCUGUGUGAAUCAGAAUUGUAAAUCUAACUAUGAAGAGACAGGGAAGGCUAAAUAGAUUUGUCAGCCUUUUCUUCUCCUACACCUGCCUGUCCCCAUUUGCCUUGGGGGUCUACCAGAGCUAAAGGUGAACAAAUUAUGAAGAGUUCCCAUAAGGAGAGGCUAUUCACCACUCCUGCCUGAAGUUUCACCUUGCUGUCUGAAAGAAGUUCUUGUAAGUUUUCUUACCUCCUCUGUCAUUUAACCCCAAACAACACUUAUUGUAUGUGUGUUUGAGUGGAAUAAGAACUUGUGAUGUGAAUUUAGAGCAGGAGACUCAUGUAAAUAAAGAUUCAGCUCUUGAACUGUUGCAAGUUAUAAGCAGUUGGAUUGAUUGAUAUGGUGGUAGAUGGACUGCUGGCAUCUAGGAGCUGUCAUGAAAAGUCAGGAAUGUUGCAACAAGCACUGAUUUCGUUCUGGCUUGUUUAAAUAAUGUGUGAGAUUUGACAUGAGACUAGCAAAUCCUAAUAGCACCCUGUCUUGAGCUUGAACCAGAAAAAGCUUUGUUGCAAAGAAAAAUGUUUCAUUUUAAUUCAACAUAUGGAUAUAUGCUGAAGUGAUAGGAAACACUGUAUACAUUGGAACCAUAUCCCAGAAAAUGUAUACUCUUAAGCUUUGACAACAGGAGGAAUCAAGAUGCGAGUCUGUGUUAUCUUGUAUUUUGUUUUUAAAAGUAUUUGUUCUUUUAUAAUGUUAAACUUUGAAUUUAAUCUUCUAUAUAGAUUAAAGAUCAAUAUGCUAUCAAACUA